GCACCUUGGCAUCCUGAUGAGUACAACGCAGCGAUGAAGUCAGCGAGGGUCUAUGUGGCCCAGGGCAAUCUGUUCUGGUUGAACGUUCGCCAGCUCACCAGUCCGUCGGUGCCGAUCAAUGCUGCUUCAUUGGUGAAGAUGCAGAAGGCAUUCUUUGAACGUGGGCCUGAGAAGCUGUCUUUGGAGGUGGUGUGCGGCGUGAGUUCCUUUGUGGAUGCAAAGCGGUUUGAAUCCAUGAAGGGCGCUUUGCAACGCAUCAGCCCGGAGGAGAUUGACCAUGCGUUGAUCUUGCAUGUCGCCCAGCGCAUCAACGACGGCGCGUCGGAAGAGGAGCUCUU